GAGGAGGAGAGGAGGGUGGUCCUUCCUUCCUUCGCUCUCCCCGCCGCCGCCGCUGGAGCCACUGACGCGGCCGCCGCUGCUGCUGCUGCUUCUGCAGGGAACAGCCGGCCGCCGCGGCUUCUUCCUCGCAGGCAUCUGGGCCGGCUCCUCGCUCGCGCCCCGGUCCUUCCCCAGCAGCCCCCCGGAGAAGCCCACCCUCCUCCUGCCGCCGCCGCCGCCGCCUGGCCCGGCCUCGUCGUCGUCGUCGUCGUCUUCUGGAGAGCUUGCUCACUUCGGCGAGAGUUUCUGCAUGACUGUCACCAAGAUGUCAUGGCGGCCGCAAUAUCGCAGCUCCAAGUUUCGAAACGUCUAUGGCAAAGUGGCCAACCGAGAGCACUGCUUUGACGGGAUUCCGAUCACCAAGAACGUCCAUGACAACCAUUUCUGUGCAGUCAAUACCAAAUUCCUGGCCAUAGUAACGGAGAGUGCCGGUGGGGGCUCCUUCCUGGUCAUUCCACUGGAACAAACUGGCCGGAUUGAGCCGAAUUACCCCAAAGUUUGCGGGCACCAGGGUAACGUGCUUGAUAUCAAGUGGAACCCCUUUAUUGAGAACAUCAUUGCCUCCUGCUCAGAAGACACCUCUGUCCGGAUAUGGGAAAUCCCGGACGGAGGCUUGAAGCGCAACAUGGCGGAGGGCGUCUUGGAGCUCUAUGGGCACAGCCGGCGCGUCGGCUUGGUCGAAUGGCACCCCACCACCAACAACAUUCUCUUCAGUGCCGGCUAUGACUAUAAGGUUCUCAUCUGGAACCUGGAUGUUGGUGAGCCGGUGAAGAUGAUCGACUGUCACUCCGAUGUCAUCCUCUGCAUGUCCUUCAACACAGACGGGAGUCUGCUUGCGACCACUUGCAAGGACAAGAAGCUCCGUGUCAUUGAACCUCGAUCUGGCAAAGUCCUCCAGGAAGCCAGCUGCAAGAACCAUCGUGUGAAUCGGGUUGUUGUCUUAGGAAACAUGAAGCGGCUUCUAACGACGGGAGUUUCGCGGUGGAAUACGAGGCAGAUCGCCCUCUGGGACCAGGAAGAUCUGUCCAUGCCCUUAAUAGAGGAGGAGAUUGACGGCCUGUCUGGGCUCCUGUUCCCAUUCUACGAUGCCGAUACGCACAUGUUGUACUUGGCCGGCAAGGGAGAUGGGAAUAUCCGAUACUAUGAAAUCAGUACAGAGAAGCCAUACCUCACGUAUCUCAUGGAGUUCCGCUCUCCAGCCCCACAAAAGGGCCUCGGAGUAAUGCCCAAGCACGGUCUGGAUGUCUCUGCCUGCGAGGUGUUCCGGUUCUACAAGCUCAUCACACUGAAAGGACUCAUAGAGCCAAUCUCCAUGAUCGUGCCAAGGAGGUCAGAAACAUACCAGGAAGAUAUUUACCCAAUGACUCCAGGAACAGAACCUGCCCUGACGCCAGACGAGUGGCUGAGUGGAAUGAACAGGGACCCCAUAUUGAUGUCUUUAAAGGAAGGUUACAAAAAAACCUCCAAAGUAGUUUUCAAGGCUCCCAUACGAGAGAAAAAGAGUGUCGUCGUGAAUGGAAUAGACCUUUUGGAAAAUGUGCCCCCCCGAACAGAGAAUGAGCUCCUCCGGAUGUUCUUCCGACAACAGGACGAGAUCCGGCGGUUGAAGGGCGAGCUUUCGCAGAAAGACGUCAGAAUCCGACAGCUACAGCUGGAACUGAAAAACCUGCGUAACAGCCCCAAGAACAAUGAACUUUAAGGGACAUUUUCCAAACAAACUCUUUGAUUAUACCCACUCUUUUAUUUUACUGUAUCCACUUAACACCAGAUGAGCCACAGACCACCUGAUGACGAUGACCUAUGGGUUCACCUGCUAACUGGAAGUAUGUUCUUGUAUGGUCAUUACCUAGUACUAAAAGACAUUCCCUGUAUGAUGUAACUGAGAACUACUGCAUGAAAAGAACAAGGGGUUCUGUUUCUAUCCCAGAGUUUCUCUUGGAGUAAGUAGAAGAGUAAAUUUGUUUCUCGAUACUGAAAAGUUAUGGAAUUAACCAAAGGGCACAGCUUUUAAUUUAAGCCUUGGAACUUUUAGGGGAGUGGCAAAGGAGGUAGGUGUGUAGGUGUGCCCUGCAGAAAGCAACUGGAUCUCUUACUGUUAAUGUUAAUUUUUUAUUCCUAUGCAAAGUGUGACUGACAAUGCACACCAGGUACACAACUGGAAUUCAGGUUUGCAAAACUGGAAGGUACAAAGAAGAGCUUAAAGUCCAUUCAUCCCCUCUGCCUAGGAAAGGUCUUAAGAAUAUGGCCUGCAUACGGAGAAAGGUGCCCCCUAAGACUCCUGUAAUGCUGCAGACGCUAUGCUGAGGUGCAUCUCUAAGAGUCUGUUGCUUCUUGAGUGCCCCUAAAACAAUUGCCAUCCCAAUAUUGCUUGUUCAGUUAAGCUAGCCUUGCCUGUGCCAUAGCUAAGUAGCUUGACCCGUGCAUUGACUUUUGGCUGGGUGUUAAGAGUCCAAGGACAUAGCCAACUAAGAAUCCCUCCUAUUGAAGCAGAAGGUGCUGUAUCGAAAAAUACAGAUGUAGGUUGUGUCUCUGGUUUCUAACCAUUAAGCCUGCGUGUUGAGCUAUGAUAAAAGAUUUGCUGUU